CCCUGCAGCUGCGCCCUUCGCCAGCAGCGACCCAGACAAACGCUAGUAUGGGGGAGUGUGGAAAAUGUUACGGUUAUGGCAAACGGAGAGAGGGGACAGGAAUUAUAUAGACACGAUAACCCGGAGAAGAAACUGGGUCAGCGAAACAACGGGGGACUUCAUAAUACGUCCAAAAAUAGCCUCGAUGUCUCCCUUCAAAUGUUUAUCUAACCUCCAGGUGAGUUUUUCCGCUACAAAGGACCGCGCUUAAUGUUUUAGCGAAUCCGCAUGCAGCUGUUUGCCGGAGAUCUUCGCGUAGCGUCUUGCUGAGCAGCGGCUCAAAUCAAUGAGAACGGCCUGGUCCGCCUCUGCCUGGCUUUCAUUGCACUGCUGACCGACCAUCGGCCGUCUGGGGCGGGUAGACUACGCACUCGAUCGGGCCGGAUUGCACGUUCACCCGCAUCUCUCGUGUCAGACAUUUUGACACAAAAAAAAUCCCCCCCUUCGAUCGGAUGGAGUGAAUUGCACGUGAAGAAGAGACAGACCGCAGUUUGGUUGCGUGUGAUGAUAGGAGACACAAUGACGUUGUUGUCUCUUCUUGGUCGGAUCAUGCGUUAUUUUCUGCUCAGGCCAGAGACAUUGUUCCUGUUGUGUAUAAGCCUGGCCUUAUGGAGCUAUUUCUUCCACACCGACGAGGUGAAGACCAUCGUCAAGUCGAGCCGCGACGCUGUGAAGAUGGUCAAGGGGAAAGUGGCGGAGAUGAUGAUGAACGACCGGCUGGGCGGCCUAAGUGUGUUGGAUGCCGAGUUCUCCAAAACAUGGGAGUUCAAGAACAACAACGUGGCGGUGUACUCCAUCCAGGGGCGGCGGGAUCACAUGGAGGACCGCUUCGAGGUGCUCACGGACAUCACUAACAAAUCCCACCCGUCCAUAUUUGGGAUCUUUGACGGUCACGGUGGAGAGGCAGCGGCUGACUAUGUGAAGGCCCAUCUGCCUGAGGCCCUGAGGCAGCAGCUGCAGGCAUUUGAGCGCGAGCGGAAAGAGAGCUCACAGUCUUACGCCAGUAUCUUGGAACAGCGAAUCAUGGCAGUCGAUCGUGACAUGCUGGACAAACUCUCAGCCAAUCACGAUGAAGCAGGUCAGGAGCCGGGGAUGAUUGGAGGCACCACAUGUUUGGUAGCACUGCUAUCAGACAGAGAACUAACGGUGGCUAAUGUUGGAGAUUCGCGUGGUGUUUUGUGUGACAAGGACGGCAACGCCGUUGCUUUGUCACACGACCACAAACCAUACCAGCUGAAAGAGCGUAAAAGAAUCAAGCGUGCAGGGGGCUUCAUCAGUUUCAACGGCUCCUGGAGGGUCCAGGGUAUCCUGGCCAUGUCCCGCUCCCUGGGCGACUACCCGCUGAAGAACCUCAACGUAGUCAUCCCUGACCCCGACAUCGUGACCUUUGACCUGGACAAGCUGCAGCCCGAGUUCAUGAUCCUGGCUUCGGACGGCCUCUGGGACGCCUUCAGCAACGAGGAGGCGGUGCGCUUUGUGCGCGAGCGGCUGGACGAGCCGCACUACGGCGCCAAGAGCAUCGUCCUGCAGUCCUUCUACCGCGGCUGCCCCGACAACAUCACCGUCAUGGUGGUGAGGUUCAAGAGUGGCGGCGGCGGCAAGGGCGGGGCUAAGAGCGGCGAGUGAGCCUGCGCUGUGGUUCUGGCUAGCCUUGGCCCACUCCUACCACACCUGGGGCAUGGACAACACCACCAGGGGGGAGGAUGGGUCGGCGCCUACGGCGCCCUGAAUGCUCUGGUAUUAAACCCUAUUAAAAAAAAAAAAAAAAAA